AUGGGAAGGGUGAGGCACCUGGGGGGGAUUCUCCACACCUGUAGCAGCAGCACCAACGACAACAGCAGCAGCAGCAGCGGCAGCAGCAACAGCAGCAAAAGCAGCGAAAUGAUGCACGGAAAGCUGGCAGUUUCUUUUCUCUCAUUUAUCGAGGUCAUUCAUUGUCUUCCUUGUCAAUUAAGGGCUAUUCGCUCUCUUUUUUCCUUCUUUUCUAUUGUUGAUUUGUUUCAAAGAUGA